AAACUGCCCGAGCAACAUGGUCGUUGUGAGAAUCGUCGCUUGCCUGUCCCUGCUGGUGGGCUUCUCGCUCCAGGUGGACGUGAAAAGUGGGAAAGAGGCAGGAGGAAAAGCCGGGAAUUUCAUGGAAGAUGAGCAGUGGCUGUCAACCAUCUCUCAGUACAGCCGUAAGAUCAAACACUGGAAUCGCUUCAGAGACGAAGUCGAGGAUGACUACAUCAAGAACAUGGAGGAGAACAUGGGUUCCGAUGAGACCAUGGACACCACCAAGGACCCGUGCCAGAAUGUGAAGUGCAGCCGCCAUAAGGUGUGCGUCGCUCAGGGCUACCAGAGGGCCAUGUGUGUCAAUCGCAAGAAACUGGAGCACAGAGUCAAACAGUCUGGGCCUCUAGAGGCUCAUGAAAGCAGCUGUAAGCCUUGUCCUGUGGCCGCUUCCUCACCUGUAUGUGGCUCUGAUGGACACAACUACGCCUCUGAGUGUAAGCUGGAGCAGCAGGCCUGCCUGACAGGCAAAGACCUGAACGUCAUGUGCGCUGGCUUUUGCCCUUGUGCCACCUCCUCCGUUACCGUCACAAACACUGACACCAAACGUGAGAGCUGCACUGGCCAGGACCUGGCAGACCUGGGCGACCGCUUGAGAGACUGGUUCCAGCUCCUUCAUGGAAACGCAAAGCGGAAUAACUCUGGCAAGCUUGGAGCUGGCACCGCUUCAGCGCUGGACAAGAGCUUGGUGGCCAGCUGCAAGGACUCCAUCGGCUGGAUGUUCUCGAAGCUGGACACCAACAGUGACCUGUAUCUGGACCAAGCUGAGCUGGCUUCUAUUAACCUGGACAAGUACGAGAUCUGCAUCCGACCCUUCUUCAACUCCUGCGACAGCUACAAAGAUGGGAAGGUCUCUACGGCGGAGUGGUGCCUCUGCUUCUGGAGAGAAAAGCCGCCGUGCCUCGCUGAGCUGGAGAGGAUCCAGGUGCAGGAGGCAGCCAAGAAGAAGCCUGGGGUGUUCAUUCCCAGCUGCGAUGAGGACGGCUAUUACAGGAAAGUGCAGUGUGACCAGAGCCGAGGGGAGUGCUGGUGCGUGGACCAGCAUGGUGUAGAGAUGAUGGGCACCAGAAUCCAUGGCAACCCUGACUGUGAUGAAGUAGCUGGAUAUUCUGGAGAUUUUGGGAGCGGGGUGGGGUGGGAGGAUGAAGAGGAGAAGGAGGCAGAGGACAACGCCGAGGAGGCAGAAGAGGAGGAGGAGGAGGAAGGCGAGGCAGACGAUGGAGGAUACAUCUGGUAGAACUGUCUGACCCCACGCAGAGAGCCGAGUCACAGCUGCUGGCCUGAAAAUCUACAGGGAUGGCUCUCUCCUAACAGCUGAAGAUGUUGGGAUCGGACUGGAGAGGCAUGGAAUUAUGUAUCAUCCUGGUGGGGUGUGUGUGUGGUGUCGGGCAGGUCCAGUGAUGAGAUAAUGACCAGUUUUUGUCUUAGGUGUAAUUGCUUCAUUCUCUUCUCUGUUUUUUGAGCGACAGAGCUUUUUGUUUUGCCGUCCUGAAAAGCAGGACCCACUGACUACUGCGCCAUAGGUAGCUAAAGUCCAUCAGAAUUCCUAUCUUGUCCGACCACCAUCUAUGCAUAUAGAGAUUACCAGUAAUUUUGUAUUGUGUGAACAAUUGCUUGAGUAUUAAAGUCACCGUACCACUGGAAUGACAGGAGAUCAGAAUUUAAAGGGAUAGUUCGACAUUUUGAGAUAUAUGCUUGUUUGCUUUUUUGCUGAGAGUUACUUGAGAGGAUCUGUACCAUUCUGAUGUCAGUACGUUAAAUAUGAGGCUAAGCUAGGCAAUAGUUAGCCUAUCUUAGCUUAGAGUCUUAAUCUGUUUGGUUAAUCUGUACAAAAAUCACGGUGUAAACCUUUUACGAAGCAUUAUGUGGUAGACUAUCCAAGAAGUCACUGUGCUAAGGCAGGAAUACCCCAGCACAUAACACCCUGCAAAAAUGCAGCUUUACACUUUUGGUAUGGAUUAGUUGGUAGAGGCCAAAAACAGAGCUAAAAGACAACAAAUAUCGGACUUAUAUUGAUCAGGUGGACAGAAACAGAUUCCAAAUGAAAUCUGAUGUAGCUCCAUAACUGCUGAAUGUGUAAAACUGCAAUGACAUGUUGGUGUCAUCUCCUGGUUAUAGCUUCAUAUUUACUGUACAGACGUAGAGUGGUGUGAAUGCUCUCAAUAAAGCAAAUGAGCCCAUUUCCUAAAAUGUCAAACUGUUCCUUUAAAGCAGUUCAGUGCAAUGUGGUCAUGUAUUUCUAAACUGAUUCUGUAUAUAAAUUAAGUGUAAAUUAUCUGUGAAGGAAGCUUAAAAGAUUUCAGGUUACUAUGGUUUUAAACUACCUUUAUGAUAAAGGUGCACCACAGCUCACUGCAGUUUUUAAAUCGUACAUUCUUUACGAAUAAAAUGGAAACACACAACUCUACAGGACCCACAUUUCCAGUCGAUUACUUUUAUUGAGAAACUGUAGAAUGUACUUCAAUGACCCAAACUGCACCUGCAGUUGAAACCACUAAUCACUGUCCUCUGCUAACUCUGAAAUCAAGUCAAAGAAUGUGGCACAACUAUGUUUUAUUCUGAGUUUGCAACUUGAAAAUCUGUAUUUUGUGUUUAUAAAAAUAUGUGUGCAUUACUUGAAGUUCUGUGUGUAUACUUGAAUUCACAUUGUAAUUUUUUUUCUAUGAGAGUACCGUAGCCAUGUCUUCAUUCAUGCUAUUGAUAGGCCAGACAUUUGGUUGUUUUUAGUAUUGCAUGUUAAAAAAUAAGAAUGUACUUCUAGGCUGAGCACUUUACUAAUAAAGGCAA